UGUUUCAUAUAUGCGUAGCAACGCUUUUUCGCACAGUUUAUUGAUUGGUCGAUUGAUUCACAGGUAAUACCGCAGGAAUGUGAAACACAUUCGUCAGAUUACAUGUAAAUGGAACGUCAAUCAAUAAUUACCGAUGAUUUUAAGUUAGAGACGAUAAAAAGUCCACAAUCGUUCUACGCGUCUCGAGGAAGGCCACGUUGAGGAGCGUUAAGAUAUCGAGACGGUUUCACGAAAAUCGCCUGAUAAGACCGGAUUAUACCACCGACAAGCAAAUUGCAUCGCGUUCGAACUAUAUGAAGAUCAAUAAUUUGACUGUGCUAUACCUUCACUAUGUACCAGAUCAGCAGGAGAACAUGUCAGUUACUAGAAACUGAUAACCUGGAAAUCCUAUUAUGAAAUCGUAAAGAGGGAAAGAGACAGAGAUAUAAAGAAAGAGAGAGAGAGAGAGAGAGAGAGUUGUAGGAUAUCUCACAUACAUGAUAUCCGAAUAUGACUGAAAGGUUUUUUACAUGGGAUGAGAUCACAGAAGGAUUAAUCCUAUUGAGCGUGACGAAGACGGAAGAUGAGCAGGCCAAAAGACGAAAGAAACAAACCGUCGCUGUCGAAACACCGGCGGUUUACUGUCCGCACGCGUACUUGAUCCUGAAUUUCAAGGAAACGUUGAACGACAAAGAAAAGAUCAAAUUCCGGAGGUGUUAUCUGAGGAAGGUACCGCCGACCGAAGUGGACGUGAUUAUCCUUCAAGACAUAAAGGACGUCGUGCUGGCUCUGCUAAUUUCGCCCGUCAGCGUUCAGUUCAUCAACUUCCUGCACUUGCCGAUCGUCGACCGCUUCCUGCGGGCGCUGAUAAUCUACUUCCAGCAUUACGUGGACAUAUACGAGGAUCUCGUGCAGGAGCGAGCGGCCACCAUGAAGAAGGCGCCGAAUCCGUUGGCGCGCGGCCACCGGACCCGCUACGCCGAGCAGAUGCGAGCCCUCCGCUGCGUGCUGGGUAGAGAGUACAUGGACCUGAUAUUGGGUUGUCAGGAUGGGCCGCAGUACCAUCACAUGAUGACCAGGAAGAAGCGGGCGAUCACGCAGUCGCAGGGCGAGAAAGACUUGAGGAUCUUCGAGGCGCUUAUAAGCGUGGCUCAUCGCGUCGUGUGGAUAGCGUUACACCGCAAACACCACACCUUGAUCGAGGUGGAACUGCACAGGCUAUUUCGCACCGAUGCGUACAACACCGCGUACAGGCAAAGUGGCGGUGAAGUCGUCCGGGAUAUGCUGGAGAACGACAUUCGGGUGCUGCAGGGGCCCAAGGUGACGCUGAAGAGGAAGUUGCUGAGGAACAGCCCGCUGUCGCACGAAACGAUACACACGGACUGCGGCUACCACCUCCUGUCGUUAGGAGUGGUGGACAUCGCCGUGGAGGAUCCGAAGAUCGUUUAUCUGAGGAACGCUCUCCUGGCCGACGAGGAGGCGUUACCCGGGCUGGGCGUCAAAGUGGGCAUACUGGGUCACGAUCGUUCGGAUUACGACAUAAUGCUGAUGCCGAUCGAGGAGCAGGUGGACUUGACGGAGGCUGAUUUGCUCGACAAAAGAGCGGCGAAAAUACAGGAGCCGGACCAAAUCUUGGAAUACGAGACGCUGGAAGAGUUUCCGGUAAAAGAGGUUGAAAUGCUAAACGAGAAAUACGACAAGAUCCGUAAGGCAGCGCGGAGAAAGUGGAUUCUCCGGGAGUUAAAGCGACACAAACGCAAACCAAACGACACUUAUUCUCUGCAAACGAUCUAGACUGAAGGUUUUGGAUAAAAAUGACAAUUUGUAUACAAUUGUACACGCGCGUUCGCAGACUCGAAGAUGCGAGAACACACUUAUGAAUAUACACUUACGAAUAUGCAUCUUUCGUUUCGAUUAUCUUCCAAGGAUAACACAUGUCGAAAAUAAACGUUUUAAUUUAUACGUACAUGUCAAAAAAGAAAAAAAAAAAGACACUUCGCCGGUCGGGUGACAAUAUAAAACCGAUACUGACGAGGAUAAGUGACGAGGAUGGGUGAACUGUAUGUGCGCGUGGUGGAGGAAUACUGUAACACAAUGUAAAAAAUAUGCUUAUUAUAAUUGGUAAUGCCUAAUCAAGAGUAAUAAUGCUGAUAUUUUACAAGGAGAUACACGUAUAGGUACAUUUCAAGCAAUGCGCUUAUGUUAUGAUUAAAUUCGGCAUUGUCCUGUCCAUAAAUAAUUCAUUAUUGUUGUACCUACUUUUACUACCAUUAUACAUAGUAACAAUGUAUACGACACUAAUUUAAUCCCCAAUAUGGGUCGAUCUGUAAAUUAUUCUGUUUUCGCGUUUCAUUUACAUGUGAUCGAUUUUUUUUCCGUUACUUAACGUCUCGCCUAUGUAUUCCGUUCACAUUCAGCUAAACAUUCAUUACUUGAAGCGCGCUCCCUUACGAACCGUCUCCCUCGAACAAGUGACACGCAUCACGUCGCAACGAGAAAAAGAAAAAGAAAACUGAAGAAACAUUCCCCCCUCCCCCCCCCCUCUUUCGUGUGUUUGGCACAGUAAUUUUGACAAUAAAAACUAGAUUUCAUGAUCACAUCAUCACCCAUCCGCUCUUGCAUCCGUGUGUAACGCGAGUAUUCUGUAAAUUGUAUUAUUUCAUCGAUGAUCUAAUCACACACAUAAUGCACGACAUUCGGAGUUUUCCGUUACGCUUUGUUACGAUAUGUAUUAAAAUUAUGAUAAUUAUUUCAUCAUCGUCGACGCCACAUACCGCGUAACCUUGGCGUUUUCAUACCUCCACGUCAUUCUUCACAUGCGGAGUCACAAGGACAUAUUGUAUGCACCUGUGAGUAGUUUUAAAGUCAAAUGGCAGUAAGUAAUUCAGCCAUCUUCAGCAACGGCGCCGAUCUAGUUUUACUUUAAAAAUCCUGUGCCUUUACACCGUGUAACAAAAAUCCCCGUUUCUCAGAUAAUCAUUAGAAAAGUAUUGUUUCGCGCGGUGUACGCGAUAACCCAGCAAACACCAAGUAACAGUAGCAUCGCAUCAAAUGUUAUAAUAUCCAAGUCAACAAACAGAAAUGCAAUGUAACAUGCUGUACAUAACAGUUACAUCGUUGAGUGGCAAAUUAUAACACCGAUGUAAUGUCACUUGAUGUUUGCUGAGAACGGUACCCUCCCUUAUCCAGCCGUUGUAUGCAGCGUGUCAUCUUCUCGCUAAGGACGCAAAGCUUCACGUUAUUGCGCACUCAGUAACAAUGUUGAAAAAUAAAAAUUCGUUCGGCACUUCUUUUUUCGUUAAUUUUCACCCUCACUUAAAUAUUAUAGCUACUUGUCGCUGAACAUUUGCCUACAUGAAUAUAAUACAGAAUGGACAAAACUGACAAUAUCGAUCAUUAUGCACGUAUCAUUAAUAAUAUAAUAUGUGAUUAUUUUUUUAGCUGUGUUAUUGCAGCAAUCAGACGAUAAAAAUUAAUUAUUUCUACAUACACAUACGCAUGUAUGUAUGUAAUGUAUGUAUGUAUGUAUGUAUUUAUGUAUCGUAGACAUAUCUAUAUGUCUUUCUUAUAAAUUCAGUCACGUGUUUGUAUAAAUAUAUUCUAUGCACAAGGUUCUUCCUCUUUCUGCAAUGACAAUCAAAUUGUGGAAAAAUGUGUUUUAUUCGAAUGUUUCAUUUUUCUUUUUGUUUAACAAAUGAUAUUGCGUAAGAUAUUCCUCAUUGAAUCAUCCGUUUCUUUUCGCGAAACGUAAAUGUUACCCGCUGCGAACGUAAUCUUGCGAAUGAAUAAUGGACUACGGUAAUUUCGUCUAACGAUGAGAAAGGUACUUCGAAAUGAUAUGGACAAUCAAAUCAUCUUUCGCGAAUGUUACGUCGUUCAAAGCCCUAGUUAUUCCGCACUUUUAAUCGGUAGCUAAAUAAUAUUCAUAAGUCAGAAUUUCUAUUUUACAACUGUUAUAAUAGAAUUGAGAUAACAGAUAAAAUCAUUACAAAUCAGUCAUACAAAAUACUCUUGUACCUAUUAUUCGAGUAAUCGAGCAAUUAGCUAGACAUUAUGUGUGUGUAUGUGUGUGUAGUUCAAUAAAUAUGGGAGCUAUAUUAGUAAAGUAAUUUAGAUAAUUCUUGUUCUUCUUCGUUUUUAGUAAAAACAAGUCGUAUAUAAAAAUUCCAAAUACGUUUUCCGCGUAUUUUUACCUCGUGUGUGUGUGUGUGUGUGUGUAUGUGUGUGUGUGUAUAUUGGAACCUAGCCCGAACCACUUGUGUAACAUUGUUCGUUCCCUCCACUCCUCUCCGUAGUACAUCCCGUAUCCUUAAAAAUCAUCACAUGUAUUAUUAAGACUACGACAAUUUUUCUAAACGAAUUUCUCGAGUGCAAGUCAAAAAAUGUUCGUAAAUAAGCUACAAAUGUAUUGCAGGUGUGUUAUGACGAUGACAGAAAAAUGUCCAUGGUUAUUUGUCAAAAAGGAUGGAAUUUUCGGUUUUUUACGUCGCUACUCGCCUCACAUAAAUCUAUCCGCGGUACUGUACCCCGAUGUACUGUUUUACAUUAAAUUCAUAAGAAUUUUCGCUACUGCUUCAUUUUUUUUCUUUUUCCUUUUUACUUUCUGUAUGUCGAUCCCUGCCAUUAUCUCGGUUUUGCGAGGCUACAUAUAAUGACAGU